UGCGUGACUGGUAGACGGCGGAGGAGUUCAGCCACCCUGUGGAGAGUCUCGCCUUAACAGUGGAUGAGGUCAUCAACGUGCGCAGAGUGCUGGUAAAAGCAGAGAUGGAGAAGUUUUUUCAGAGCAAAGAGCUCUACAAUAAUCUGAAGAAAGGCAAGGUUUGUUGCUGCUGCAGAGUGAAAUUCCCUCUCUUCUCAUGGCCAUCUACCUGCUUACUGUGUAAAAGAUCUGUCUGCGGCUCCUGCAGUGCAAAGAUGAAGAUUCCCUCAAAGAAGAUGGCCCAUAUUCCUGUGUACACUGUAGGCUUCCAUAGCACUCCAAAGAACACUGGACACAAAAGCCAAGUCUAUAA